UAUGUUUCGGUUCAAUGCCCACGAUCGUCGGCUAGAGAGAUCUAUGGAGGUUGCACUUAUGCUCAUGGAGGCCUUUAGGGGAUUUGAACACAAGUUCGCAUACAGGAUUGUAGGGCACAGUGGCGAUGGAGCUAAUAUUGAGUUUGUAAAACCUGGGAACUAUCCCAAGACCGAGAAAGAAGAAUUUGAGAUUCUGAGCAAAAUGCGAGCUCAUUCUCAGUAUUGUCUAAGUGGAGAUAAUACACUUGGAGCUGCUUCUCAUUCAGUCAAGGAAAUUGUCAAGGAAGAGGGAGAUGACCAUUUUGUAGUUAUUCUGUCAGACGCAAACAUUGCCCAAUACAACAUUCAUCCCGAUGAUAUCGCAAGAGUACUGAAAUCAGAUGAUCGUGUUACUGCGCAAAUGAUCUUUAUCGGAUCGCUUCAAGACCAGGCAGAACAGCUAAAAAAGGCACUUGGAAGCAAUGCCCACAUGUGCGUUGAAAAUAAGGAGCUUCCAAAGAUUAUGAAAGCUCUUUUCUUGGCUUCAAUGAUCAAGUCUUGACUAUGAUGAAUUCAUACAUGAAAUCUUGAAUUAUACAAUUAUUAUUAAAAGUAUCACUGUGAUUCUUAUUGUGAUUUUAAUUUUGGCUUUCAUUAUUGCUAUAUUACUAUUAUGCUUUGUAUGAUUUAUCACUAAUUUAUACUUAAAUACACACGCACAUAAAUAUAUAUAUAU